ACACAUAAACACACAGUAUUUUACUUUCAGGUGGUUUCCAUGUUUAAACCCUAUCUUUUUCUCUUCUUCUUCUUCAUUUUUACAGUGCUGAUUUCAAACAUCCAUUCUCAACAAACAGAAGAUAUAACACCAACUCUGACUGUGCAGCCUCAGAGGUCUGUGUUCAUUGGAGACACAGUUACUUUGAUCUGUGAGAUUCAUCAGUCCACUGGAUGGAAGUUUAUCUUCAUAAACCCUUCAAACACUGAAUCCACUGAAACUACAGGAACUAAAACAAUCAGAUCUGUGCAAGUCUCUGAUGGAGGAGAGUACAAGUGCAGAGCUGGAAGAGGAAAUCCUCAGGUUUACACACAAUACAGUGAACCAGUAACAGUGAGAGUACAGGAUAUAACACCAACUCUGACUGUGCAGCCACAGACGUCUGUGUUUAUUGGAGACACAGUUACUCUGAUCUGUGAGAUUCAUCAGUCCACUGGAUGGGAGUUUAUCUUUAUCACACCAUCAAACACUGAAUCCACUGAAACUACAGGAACUAAAACAAUCAGAUCUGUGCGAGUCUCUGAUGGAGGAGAGUACAAGUGCAGAGCUGGAAGAGGAAACCCUCAGGUUUACACACAAUACAGUGAACCAAUAACAGUGAGAGUACAGGAUAUAACACCAACUCUGACUGUGCAGCCACAGACGUCUGUGUUUAUUGGAGACACAGUUACUCUGAUCUGUGAGGUUCAUCAGUCCACUGGAUGGGAGUUUAUCUUUAUCAGACCACCAAACACUCAAUCCACUGAAACUACAGGAACUAAAACAAUCAGAUCUGUGCAAGUCUCUGAUGGAGGAAAGUACAAGUGCAGAGCUGGAAGAGGAAAUCCUCAGGUUUACACACAAUACAGUGAACCAAUAACAGUGACAUUACAGAAAAGACCACCACCUCAGUUGUCUGUUUGGCCUGAUAAUCAUGUAUUCAGAGGAGAAAGUAUCCAUCUCAGAUGUGUCAUCAAUGGAGGAGGAGUCAUUAGCUGGCAGUACAGCUGGUAUAAAGAUGAUUCAGACAUUCAGCAGAAUGAACAUCAGUAUUACACAAUCAGAUCUGUUAUUGAGUAUGACGCAGGUAAAUACACCUGUAAAGGAAAAGAGACCAGAGGAUCAAGAUACUCACACAUCAGUAAUGCAGUUACACUGACAGUAUCAGGAUCAAAACCUAAACUCAUAUCAGAUACUGAAGGAUCUGUACUGACAGGUAACACAGUAACUCUGAAGUGUCACAUUAAUCAUUGGUCUACUGGAUGGACGUUUUACUGGUACAACAACACACAAAACACUGAGAAGAUGACAACAGAAACAAACUCUUACACAAUCCACAGUGUUAAAGUUUCAGAUGGAGGUCAGUACUGGUGUAGAGCUGGAAGAGGAAAAUCAGGCUAUUACACAGACUACAGUGAUGGACUGUGGAUAAAUGUUACAGCCGCAAGAUCUUCAUCUCUUGGUCUUAUUGUUGGUCUGUGUCUUGGACUGAGCGUCAUGUUUUUGAUCUUUUUCUUGGUCCUGCUGUGGUGCUACAAAAACAAAAAAUUCUGUCAGUGUCUCUCAGCUGUCAGUCAACAGCAGAACAUCAGUCAGACAUCAGAUCAGAAACAGACUGAAGAUGUUUACACUCCACUGCAGUUUGGAGAUUCUCAUCUUUAUGACUCUCUAAAUACAGCAAACAAUAAAGACACAAGUGCAGACAAUGUAAGUGAAGCAGCUGAUCACAUCUAUGCUAAUAUUGAACUGAAACCUCAGAAAGAAAUAAAGAAAAAGAAAGAAAUAAAAGAAAGGAAAUAACAGUGAAGGUGGGAACAUUGUGUAGUAAAGAAAUGAGGAGGUCAAGAUGUUAUUUCUGGAUCUGUUGAUGUGACUUAUGCUUAAAUUUAAAAAAGGCUAGAGGAGAGAAGGCAGCAAUACAGUAACUUAUGCUUAAUAUUAUCAAUAUUGAGCUCAGAUGCUCUUUUAAAAAUGGGACUAUGAUAUUAACCCAAUGCUCUCGGCAUGUAUACGUUCAUCAAAUACUUUCAUUUCAAAUCCACUUAAUCCCAGCCUCAGGCUAUUCAGAAAUACUGUUUUGUUGGCAGAAGACAUCAAGAGUCUGUUUAAAAAUGCUCAUUUAUAAAGAAACUGAGCUCUUUAUAUUUUUUCUAUUAACAUCUAUUUCUCUUUUAACCCUUUACAUGCAACUUUUUGCAUAGUGUGCAUUAAAGUGCAACAAUUUUCUUGCUAAAAACAACAUUAUUUUGUGUAUUUGGUUUAAUAAAAAGUGUUCGCGUGGGUUAUGGUUAAAAAAACACAGAUUUUGUACAAAACUCAUCGAAAUGAACACUGUGUCCCUGAUUGGCCAGCUAAUCUAUACGUUGUGAUUGGCCUGAAAACCUCUGACGUAAGCCAGAAAUGUAAUGCUCCUUAUCAUGUUUGUAAGAUUAACUCAUAAUGGAAUGCUGACAGGAGUUAACUCAGGGAUGGGAUUUUUCCGUAUAAAUAAGGAUUUUCGUAUUUUCUGACCUUGGUGGGAUGACCCGUCUGAAUCGCGUAAAUCCGAUGAGUUUUUUUUUUUUAGAUGGGGGGGUAACCACGCGCGUGUUGUAUGCCCGUGUUGUUCCAAGUGCUGUCUCAGUAUGCAUGCGUUGUCUGUAUGCGCGCGCUGUCUUUGUGCGCGAGCUUCGCCGUCAUCCAACAUGGAUCCCAGACGUUUUCUGUGUUUUACGUCAUACACAUCAGGCAUGAAAAUCCCUCACCUUUCGGCGAAAUUCGCCGUUUUGAAGCCAAAAAAGGUGACCCACGUGAAUAGUGUAGAUUCGAUGAGAAAACAUUUUCGGUGGGAGGGGGGUAUGCGCGUUGUUUGUAGACGCGCCCUUCCCCGUCAUCCAACAUGUAUACCAGACAUUAGAUUUAUUUGAGUUCAUGCUGCGCUGCAAAAACCGACAGGCAGCCGCAGGUGACAUCAAAGUAUCACGAGAGCGAAUCAAGAUGUCAUAAGGAAGUCUGCUUUCGAACGGCUCUCGCGCUACUUUGAUGUCUUCCGCAUUUCUGUGUUCUUCGUCAUACAAGCUUGUUGAAGAUGCGUAGAGCGACUGCCUUCUGUUAGGAUGUCAGUUUGAUUGGUUGCUUUGUUUCUGUGUUUUCAUUGUCUGUGUUUGUUUUACAGCUCUGCUCAUGCGCGUUUGUCAUUUGGGUUCUUCAUCAGCGUGAUUUCCUACACCUGCGUCACCACACCUGUUAAUUAUUUACUCCUCGUUUGAUUGUUAUAUUAGUGCCCUUAGCCCUUUGUUCUCUGCGAGUUCGUCAUUGUAUGUGCCUUGCCAUAUCUCCUGUCCUGUCUUGUCUAGUCGGUCUAGUACCCAGUAUCGUAUAACUCUAGUUAUCUGUUCAUUUUGUUAUUUUAUUUUCUCUUCCUAGUCUAGUUAUUAAUCAUAGCUCCUGUUGAUUUCUUUAGUUAUUUUCCGUAUUUUACCUGAGUUCUCUGCUGUCGCCAUCUGCCAGGUUACCCACCGCACUGCUUUCUCUGAGUGGUUGACAUCUCACACUCCGCUGCAGCUUCGGCUGUUGUGCUGCCCGAGGCGCUGUCCAGCGUACCUACGCAGGGUCUGAAGCCGCGGUCCGACAAGCUCGGUUAAAUUCUCCGUGGAAGUUAAAUUAUUCACCCUGUCAUCGCGCAGUGGAUUACUCACCCUGACAUCGCUCUGUGGAUCUGUCACCCUGUCUACAAGCAGUGGAUUUCUCAGCUGGCCUUCGCUCAUUGGAACUCUCACCCUGUCUACGCACAGCGGAUAAUCUCACCCUGUCUACGCACAGCGGAUAAUUUCACCCUGUCGACGCACAGCGGAUCUUUCUCUCUCUCUGAUUUAUUCUCUUCAUUAUUCACCCAAGCUCAGCCUUGUGGACACUGACUGCCUU